AUGAAGUUGGAUUAUAUUUUAGCUUCCCUUGUCAUUGCCAGUAUAACUGAAGCUGCUCCAAUUAAAAGAGGGUUGCUUGAUGAUUUAUUUGGAACCAGUAGUUCUAAUACUGCUGCUGCAGCUCCGGCUGCUGCCCCUGCUCCGGCUGCUGCCCCUGCUGUUGCCCCUGCUGCCCAACAAGCUGCCAAUGUUAAUACUGCUCCGGCUGUUUCUCCGGCUGCCACAACAACUGCUGCUGCUGCUUCAAGUAAAGGAUUUUGGGCAGGAUUGUUUGAUGGAGGUCUGACUAAUACUGCCUCAACUGCGGCUGCUCCAGCUGCUCCAGCUCAAGCACCAGUAUCUGUAGCUUCUGCUGCUGCUGCUCCUGCUGUUGCUGUUGCUGUUGCUCCAGCUGCUUCCACUCCAAAAUCUACCAGUUCUUCAUCAUCAUUUGGAGGAUUUUUCAGCAAUUUGUACAAUGACUUUUUUGGAUCAUCAUCUUCAUCUUCAUCUGCUAAUGCCAAUUCACAACCACAAGCACCAGCCCAAGCCCAAGCUCCAGUACAAGUUACAAAACCUACAGCCGCUGCCCCAGUUGUCGUAACUAGUGAACAGGUAUACACGUCUGUCGUUACUUCUGCUACUGCUGCUCCUGCAGCCGCUGCAACUGCAAGUUCUGAUUCUGAUGAUUAUUCAGCUGAAGGUUUAUUUGGAUUCUUGUUUGGUGGUGGUAGUGAUGGUGGUAAAGCAUCAGCUGCUGCUUCUGCUUCCGGGUCUGUUUCUUUAAACCCAAUUGAUGGUUCGGGUUUAGGCUCUGGUUCAGGAUCAGGUAAUUCUGCUGGUAAUUCUGGUUCUUCAUCGGGUACCACUUUAGGUAUCGGUUACCAAGGAGGAUCACCAGGUAAAAAUACUGCUUCUAUAAAUACUGCCACUGCUACUGCUGUCAACGGGGGUAGUGCUGCUGGUGCCACUGCAGCUGCUGGUUCUUUGGGUAUAACUUAUUCUCCUUAUACUAAAUCAGAUGGAUGUAAAAGUGCAUCUCAAAUUGCCCAAGAUAUUGCUAAAUUAUCCAAUUAUGAAGUCAUUAGAUUAUACAGUACUGAUUGUUCCGGAAUUGAAAAUGUGUUAUCAGCCAUGGGUUCUAAUCAAAAAUUGUUUUUAGGUGUUUGGAACAUUGACAGUCCUCAAGGGGAAUUACAAGAUAUUGUUAGUGCUAUCAAGCAGAGUUCUAGCGGUUGGAACGUUGUUCACACUAUUGCUAUUGGGAAUGAAAGAGUUAAUGCUGGUGCUGCCAGUGUGGCUCAAGUGCAACAAGCAGUUGACAUAUCUAAGAAAUACUUGAAAUCUCAAGGAUACAAUGGUCCAAUUGUCACGGUUGAUACUUUAGUGGCCUAUGUUGGAAACCCACAAUUGUGUGAAAUGUCUGAUUACCUUGCGGUCAAUUCUCAUCCAUAUUGGGAUGGAGGUGUUCAACCAGAGAAUUCUGGACAAUGGUUGUUGCAACAAAUUGCACAUUUGCAAAGUGUAUGUGGGUCUUCAAAAGAUGUGUUAAUCACUGAAACAGGUUGGCCAACACAAGGUGACUCUUACGGUCAAUGUGUUCCUUCCGUGCAAAACCAAGUUGCUGCUGUGAAAUCCAUUGUCAAAUCCCUUUCUGACAAGGUUAUUAUGUUUACCAUGUUUAAUGAUUAUUGGAAAGAUCCAGGUGCAUAUAAUGUUGAACAACAUUGGGGAUUAUACGGUGAUCCAUCAUCUUAG